GAAAAAGAAGAGAACCAGAUCACCGAGCGAAUUUGGAAUUUGUAAAUGAAAAUCGCGGUCACGUGGCACCCGUUCCCGUUUCCAUAAUGAACCACGCUAACAGUUUUUCGCUUAAUGCUCCAUAUAAGAAAUUCUCCUCCGUCUGUGAAUCCUCCAUUCUCUACUGACAAUGUCACAAUCGACAAGGGAAGCCCGACUUCCUUGCCAUAUCUGAAGGAACGGAUCAUGAUGCAAGCCGCCUCUCAUGACACCGUUCUUGGGAUACUGCUAAGUAUCAGGCCAAGUGUCGUCUUUGCCUCUCCAUGGCAAAGCCAAGGACAAUCCGCCUGGGCCAAGACUGGCCAACUCUUUCCUUUUUUGUAUGAACUCAAAACCACAUAUUGCCUACCUCUUAUCCUUUUCAUGGACAUGAGCGUCACUUAUUUAAAUAUCGUUCGUGGAAUAAAGAACAAAGGGCCUAGACAGCCCGUCCCAUCCACCCUGUUGGCGUAGACCAGUGCGCCAGGAGGACUAAUCAGGACAAACAAACUAUCCAAUAGCAUAUAUAUUCUGUAUUAUAAAUUACUCGGCAUGAUCAUCACAUACAUUUCUCGUCCAGAAACUGGCACUGCCUGCAACCCUUUCCCCCCGGUCCGUUACGUACUCGUCCUCCAAUAUAUGCUGGCGAGAAGCAUAUUCAAAAUGCUACUCUGGUCAUUCGAAG